UCAACAUAACAACAAUGGACAAAACAAAACAAAAGUUGCUGGGCCUACUUGACAAGAUAGCUAAGGAACAAAACUAUGUGAACAAUACGGUGGACCAGAAAGAGAUCAGUGCCGAAGGCGCCAAUAUAACAUCUGCGCUGCUUCUAACGACAAUCCGAGCCGAAGACAAACCAGACUUGAAACUUUUCACAAAAGUCGCUCUCUUGAAUGACCACGUCCGCCAAGUCACUCCUCUGCCAUGCCCGUUUACUACUGAACUGUUUUUCUACACUAAAUUAAAGAAUCAAUAUGAAAUGAUAGAAGAAAAACACAACAUUCAAGAGGAUGACGGAGUGCGAAUGCCGAAACUAUAUGGCUACCACGAUGAGUAUUUAAGCGAGAUAGUCGUUCUAGAGGAUUUGGUCGCUCAAAGGUUUACAAAUUUUGACAGACAACAGACUGCCGAACUCGAGUAUGUGACAGCCGCAAUCGAUCUGAUGGCCAAGUUCCACGCUUUAUCCCUUGCCUUUCACAACGAAGAUCCGGUUAGCUUUGAAAAAGCAAGCGACUCACUGGCGGUGGACGUAUCCCAAAUGGAGUCAUUGGCGCCACUUAUGUUGACUAAAAUAAAGACUAAAGCGAUAGCAGCAGCGGCCGAGGGUGAGAACAGAGAAAAGUUAGAGAAGUUUUUUGACCAGCAGGGUUCCUCCCUGUUCGACAUUUGGAUGGACUUAUUCAGUAAAAAAAAUAGGAAUAUCCUUGUGCACGGUGACUUCAAACCAAAUAAUCUGAUGCAUAAACGACGAAACGGCAAACUGGAGAUCGCUCUAAUGGACUUCCAGCUGGUACAGAACGCGGAGCCCCUGCGGGACGUGCUGUACUUCCUCAUCACCGCCACGGACGAGGCCUUCCGCCGCUCGCACUACCACGCCAUGCUAGACCUGUACCACGAGUGCCUGGGGGAGGCCCUGCAACGGUUUCAAAUUGAUAUUGACACUGUUUAUCCGGAGAGCGCGUAUAGAGAGCAACUAGAGAAGUAUCGCAUGGUGGGGCUCACCAUAGCUAUUGUCGCGCUGCCCAUGAUUCUGGCGGAGGAGGAGGCCAUCCCGGACUUCAACGAUGACUACGAUGUGACCGACUUCGUAGUCAAGGGCAGCCAGCUCUACAGGGAGAGGUUCAACGGCGUGAUCAACAACUAUAAAGAGUGGGGACUUUUGUGAGUGACCUAGCCGUGCGCAUUAUUCAUUGCAUGGACAGAAGUUAUACGGUAUAUGUAGUUUCUAAAUUCAAUACUCAUGAAUACAAUGUAUGAUGUAUAGUGUUUUGAUUGUGAAUUUGAUUGUGUUUAUUUAAUGUAUUUAAAUAAAAAGAAAUAUUUCUGUUAAAAAAAACUGGAUACCAGAUUGUUUAAAAAGGUUUGUUUAUUUUUGAUAUCUACACCAUUUAUUUAUUUGUAUAAAAAAUAGGCAUGCCUCCCUUCUCUAAGUACUAGAAAGGCAACUUUAUGAGUAUUAUUUUUAUCACAAAACUUGCGGCUUUUCGCGCUAUAUGUGAACACUUUGUUUGCGCUAAAAGUGCUAAAACUUUCUCCGGCCAUUUUUUACACCAAGAUUUAGAGCUAUUAAAAUCUCCUAAGCUUUGCAAAAAUUUUGCAGAAAUUUCAAACGGAUUUAAGAAAGAAAAUUAAAGUUUAGAGGGAUUGCAAAGUUUGCUUGUAACAGUCGUAACUCUACGUGACUGGUGGCCGUAUGCAGUGCGCGGAGCCGAGCAAUAAAUCUAUCGCACGCAUCCCACUGUUGGACUAUGUACGAGUGUUAUUAGUUGCUGCCAGUGCGCCACGGUACUUAUAUUCAAACCAGUACUUUCAUUUCUUUCAACCUGUAUAGGUUUUUGGACGUAGCUUAAUGGUAACGGCAUUUCUCAGAGCGAGCGCUUUAACGCUUUGAAUUCGGUGGCAGCAUUUUUACCCAUAAGAGUAGCAUGAGUUUUCUUCGUUUCUGGUAGAAUUCUAAGGCUUUUGCUUGAAUUGACACAACGUCAAGUGACUCUUAUGGAAUUUGCGUAAAAUUGUUGCCACUUGUUAUUGUUGAGGACGGAGGGAUGCCCACAACAAUUUGUAUAAAGUUUGGAGUUGUGGGACUAUUUGGUUUUUUUUGGAGACAAGUCGUCAAUAGCGAUAUGAUAAAAGUCCGUUUUGUCAAUAUUCAGUCAAAUUUUAACAAAUAUUUUUAACAGAUAGUUACUCAUGAAAUAAAACUA